AUGGCGGACAACAAGCUGAAUGCAUUCGCGGUUCUUGCUAAACGAAAGGCUCUCGAAAGCAUAAGCGACAAUGUUAGGCCAACGAAGAAAGCGGCGACGAAGGAGACCAAUUCAAUACCGAAGCAGCUUACUCAGAUGCAGUUGAGUCUCGGGCAAAAGGUUCAGGUGCAAUGUAAAGAAUGCGGUAUGGAUUACGUCCCAUCGCUUGCCGUGGACCGCAAAUGGCACAACAUCUACCAUAAGCACAUCGUCGAUGGCUACGACGUCGAGAGUAGCUUCGUCCAGGGACACACCAAGAACGUUGUGUACGAUGUAGAAGGCGCUACAGAUCGCAUUUUCUAUGUCGACCACACCGCUCGUUCAGUACAAAAGAGGAAAGCGGAGGAUGUACUUAUGGUCGUGCAGAAGGAACUCGGCGCAGUACCUAUCCCGCGGAAAGAUCUAUGGUCUUCUCAGUCGAUCGACCCAUUGCAGCCUCCCGAAUAUGCCGCAUACAUGUACAUCCGAGGUCACCGGUGCAUCGGCUUCCUGCUCACACAACAUAUCAGCCACGCCAAACGAGUUUUGGAACCAGGGCCGGCAAGAAAGGCCACGGAGCAGCCACCCAGCUUAGAACCUGCAGAACAGCCGCUACGAAUAUCCCUACAAUCCUUCCCAGCCAAGCUCGGCAUCUCCCGCAUCUGGACUCUGGCCUCAGCCCGAAAGGAGGGCAUCGCCUUGCAGCUCUUAGACACAGCACUUAAGCACCAGAACAGGCGGGCCGAGCGAGUGCGGCACGAACUUCACGUCGAAAAGCAGGACGUAGCGUUCAGUCAGCCGACCGAGGCUGGUACGCGGCUUGCGAGGAGGUGGUUCGGCGAGGCCUAUGGGUGGAAGAUAUACGUUGACUGA